CCCGAAUCUUAACUAUUCUACCAUUUUCUUAAAAAACUAAAUCUUAACCAGAGACUCUAUUGAGGUAAGUUGAUAUAAUAGAAUUCUACAUUGUUCUGAACAAGACUUUUUGUUUUUAACUGUUUGCUGUUUCAAAAAAAACAGCAUAAAAUGUCCAUAGGUUGUAUAGUGUUGAUAAAUAUUCGCUGCUUUUUGAAUGAGAUUGUGAUUAAAUUGUUCACCUAUAAGACAGCAGACACAACUAAAUGGCAAAUCAUAAGUAAAACUUGUGUUGCUCUAUUUAAAUUUUAAUUCUGAUCUUGUACAUCAGACUCAAAAUGAAUAUAGCUCAACAAAAUACCAAAAUGGUCUGUUAGGAUUCAGGGCAUUCAGAAGUAAUUUAUUUCUGUAAUGGGUUACGUUUAUUUUCACAUCAUUGUAAAGACCUCUGAUUUUAGCUCAUUUCAAUGAAAUAGGAAAUGUUUGUGUCUUUUGUUUAGCUCUGUUCUGUUGCUUAACUUAGUUAGUACAUGUGCAGAUAAAUACAAUUGCAGUUAGGGGGUUUGAUUGUUUAUAAUCUCAGAAAGAAAAUAAUUUAGAAAACAAGAAAAGAUUUAUGGUACAUCUGAUUAGAGGACAUGCUCAUUAUUUUCUGCUCAUAAACAAACUUUUGAUUUUAAAAACUAUGGUCAUCUUUUAAACAAAGUGAGUUUACAAUGUUAAAUGUCUCUUCAAACAAGUUCCUUUUAGAAUUAGGAAAAAAAAAAGAUAUUGCUUUGUCAAGAGCUACAGCGGCUGACCCAGAAAUCCAUGCUUAAUACUCUCUAAUACCCUUGAAAUAUCACCACAGAACCACCAACUGGGUAGAAUACCAGGGAUAUUAUUGCAAUGUACUAUAACAGCUUUAUGGUAUCGGCACAGCAUGCCUCAACUAUGUUUACAGAAUUAGUAUUUCUGGGUUGAAUAGAAUGCUGAGAAUUGGUUGUAACCGGAGUUAAAUUUUAAGGGAUACUUGUCAUCAAGCAACUUUUCAAAUGAGCUAACUUGAAACUUUGACACUAUUAAGCCUAUAGCUUAAUUAUUAUUCAAGAAAGAGUGAAUUGUCUGGAAUUCGAUGUCUAAUUAAAGUGAAUUUUAAUAUAGAAGAAUUUGAAAAAAAGUCACCCUUGACUUAAUUUCAGCUAUUUUUUGGUCUUAAAUUUAAAAUUUACUUUGAAUUAAUUUAGAAUUCCUGACUUUUCAAACUUUAACUGAAUAACCCUGAAUAUGUUUCUCUGCAACUGUAGUAACCAGUGGUUCUAUUAUCCUGGAAAUGUAUUCAAGUAGUCAUUUUUACCAUGACACAUGGAUAUAAAAACAAUCUGGUGGAUGAAGGCUCAGAUAUCACCAGAUCUGAGGCUAUGAAUCAGCAACAGACACCAUGAUCCUUAACAUCUGUCCACUCACAGUAAAAACCCAGAGGCUCUGAGCCUUCCCAGGUAGAAUUGUUAAAAAAGAUAAUUGUCCCUUUGAAAUGCAAUAUAGCAUAUCAGUGGUUUUCAGCUGGUGUGCCUCACGGAACCUCACAAUGUGCCGUGAAGAGAUUGACUUCAUGUCGGUAGUAGGUUGAAUGUGUCAGAAUUCAUACUGGGUUUCUCAUCUGGCAGUUUAUUAAAACUUUCAAGUUAAUUUGACUAGAAGUAUACAUAUCUACCGAGUAAGUCUUAAAGAGACAAUAUAGUCACCAUAAAUUCUACAGCUUACUGCUUUUGUGUUGGUGAGUAUAAUCAUUCCCUUCAGGCUUUUUGCAGAAACACUGUCUUUUCAGAGAAAAUGCAGUGUUUACAUUUUAGCCGAGGGAUACCUCCACUGGCCACUCUUCAGAUGGCUACUAGAGGUGCUUCCUGGGGCAGUGCUGCACACUGAUCUAUGAGGAGAUGCUGAUUGGCCAGGGCUGUGUUUGGCUUGUUCUAGCUCUCUGCCCUUGACCUGCCUCCUUGACAGUCUCAGCCAAUCCAAUGAGAAAGCAUUGUGAUUGGCCUUUGAUCAACACUUCUGAUGAUGUCAGCCAAGCAGGCAGAUGGGAGGCAAAGCCAGCAGUAGAAGACUGGAAUAAAGAUAAGAUUUACUAUAUUUGGGGGGCGGGAGGGGUGCAUGGGGGCUAUAUGGUGUUUUUAACACUAUAGGAUCAGGAAUGCAUGUCAGUGUUUCUAAUACUAUGGUGUUCCAUUUAGUAAGUAAAAGUGACAUUUCUAUAACAUGAUGAUAAAGGUAAAAAGAAACAUUAAAGGAACAUUCUAAAACAUGUAUUCCUAACGCUAUAGUGCUCCCUACCUAUGUAGGUGCUGUACCACGCGCAGUUGUUAACAAAGAAGAUUUACUUACCUUAUAUCCAACCGUGCGCUGGCUUCUGUGCUGGGGCUUUGUCUCCCUCCACCAUACGGUAGGGACAGGAAGGUUAGUGUGCGUGCGUGGUUAAACACUGCGCUGCACCAAUCAAGUGGUCUCUAGGAGAGUCAUUUGAGCUAUAAAAUGGUUAUAGCAAUGGAAGAAAAUCUAGUGGCUGUCUGGCAGACAACCACUGAGGCUUCUUAACCCUGCAAUGAAAGGCAGGGUCAUGACACUCAGAAAAACGUGAUAUGGUGUUCUGUAGAGUCCCUUUAAGUAGGUUUGCCUUGAAAGUGUUUAACUCAUUUAAAUACCUUGGUCCAAAAAAGUUUGGCAAUGUACAAAAAUGAAUCUGUUAAUUUAUACCAUACCUCCCACCCCCAUAUUUCUGGACUUGCUUGCUAAUUAAUAAAGUAGCCUUUGUCUGCUUUCCCUAUAAUAAAAACAACAGCUUGACAUAACUGAAUGCCUUUGCUUUUGCGUAGCAUUUACCAGGAUGAGGGAAUGAACUAGAGGUAACUUAUCAAUGCACACCACACAUCUUCAGGAAUGGAGACCUCAUAUUGUUUGCAGCAUUGCAAAUGAUAAGGCUGGUUUGUUUUUCUUAGUAGGCUGAAAUAGGUAAAGGUCCCUUCUACCCUUCUACUUGAACGAGGUAAAACAUUUCCAUUUUUCCUCUAGACCGUAAGGCUAGUUGUAUAGCCAUGAACAUCUGUUGGUUUUUUUUUUGUUGGUUUUUUUUAUAAAUGCAGUUUUGUAUUUUGACUACCUGAUAGUAUCUAAUGGUAUGAUGCUAUGGGAUUGCAGUAGAGAUUAAUAGCAAGCACUAAUAAACAGAAUAAUAAGAAUACGUUGUAUGUAGAGAAAAAUAGCUUAUAAAAUGCUUUAGCAUAAUUUACCUCUGGACCCUUUUAGAACUGUUACAACUUGUUUCUGGAGACCAUUAUUGUCAUAUCUGUGAGACCAGCUUGAGAUGAGCUAAGACAUUUUCUGAUGAAGUGCUUCUAAGGCAUAGAAUGAGUUAGUGCUUUCAUCCAUAGCUCUCCAUGUUUGUUCCAGUAGCACUGUUAUAUUACUAGAGGUAUGAUCUACCGGAUUUAUUAUCAAAGUGGAUUGGGGCACAAGCAGUCGACUUAGGGAGCAGUGACCCAGGGGCCGUAAGGUAUGGGUAACAGGCAGGAGAGGAGCGUACAGCACAGUGCUCCCCUCCUGCCAGUCACUUCAUGAAGUGUGGCUGCAUGUACUGCGGCAGAGGAUCUUCUGUAUUCUCUACCUGGUCUGCUUGCUGAGGGGAACUAACAGCGUCCUGUCAGACCUGGUAGAGGAUACAGAAGAUCCUCUACCACUGUCCGCUUGGCCAUCUACAGGAGGCUGGGGAGAAAAGAGACACACAGUGGGGCUACCACAUGACUGGCUGAUUAGAUAUUUGAAUUAAUGAGUAGUUGUACAGGUAUAGGUAAAAAGUGUUAUUAGGGAUAAUACAGGGCCUCUUUAACAGCUUUAUAGGUCCCUGGGCAAAGCAGUGCACUGGGGCCUUACCUACACAACCACUCACAGGAAUAAUCCUUUAACUGCAUAAUUAAAAUGAACAUUACUACCGUUGUCUCAAUUUCUUCUUUACUCUUAUUAUUCUUGUGCUAUAGGGGGCAACUCUUGCUUAAGGUACUUAGACUACUAUCACAUUAAAAAUUGUGAUAUCCAAUUAGUCUAUAUGAUUCUAAUAUUUAAUAUACUGCCUGUAUAGUUUUACUGCGCGAGAUCCACUUAAUAAAAAUACAAAUGUGUGUCAGUAUGCCUAUUAGUGUAUAUGUGUAUGUAAAUGUGUUUCAGUAUGUCUCUCAGUAUAUGUAUCUGUGUGUCAGUAUGUUUGUCAUUGUAUGUGCCUGUAUGACAGUUUGUGUCAGUGUGUGUGUCAGUAUGUCUAUCACUGUAUGUAAGUCUCAGUUUAUCUGUCUGUGUAUCUAUAUGUGUCUGUGUAUGUAUCUGAAUGUAGUCAGUGUGUGUAUCUGCAUGUGUGUCAGAGUGUUUACCUGUGUGACUGAGCAUCUGAGAAGCAACAUUAAAUACAAAUACACCCCUCUAUUCAAACUUCAACACUACAUACAAACACACUCCUGCAUUGAAACAUCAACACUACAUACAAACACACUCCUGCAUUGAAACAUCAACACUACAUUCAAAUACACUCCUGCAUUGAAAGUCAACACUUCAUACAAACCCACCUCUGUGUUAAACACCAAAAUUAUAUAUAAACAAACCCCUACAUUCAAAAACCAGCAGUACACUUAAAUGCACACUUGCAUUCAAACUCUAACACCACAUACAAACACAUUCACACAAACAUACUCCAUACAAAAACAUGCUUACAUUCAAACACACAAACAAAGUGCUAAAUACAACCCUGCAAGCAUGGGAAAUUGGUAAAGCCCCAGCUGUCAAUGCAUUGUUGGAGUUGCACGACAGAUAGGGUUCUACCUUCUUUCCAACCUUGCAAUUGGGGGUCCCAAUUAAAUUCUUGAAUCAGGGCUCUUUCUACUUUAGUUCCACCACUGCGUUGGGGUGGAGGCGUGAUUGCAUGCCAGGGAGUAGGUCCAGGGGGCCCAAGCAAAUGCUUGCCCAGGGCCCAAUCAAUAUUAAGGACAGCCCUGGACACACAGACUGCUAAAUGCACGCACACACACACAGCAAGCAGCCAUCCCUUAUUUCUCACAUACGGUGGGCAUUAAAAACAGGCCAUUUCUACCACUGUGGUACCUGCUCCCAGGACCUGCUGCCAUGCUUCCAUUCCUUCUGCUUCUUGUCCUGGCACAGGGCAGUGUGUGGCAGCUCAUAGAUGUGGCGGCCUUGUUCCAUCCUGGCGUGUGUCUGUAUGCCAGGGCAGGCGGUCUGGUACGUCUGCUGCUGCCGCUGCUGUGGGCGCCCUCUCUUAGAGUGCACCCCAAUACACAGUGUAAUUGCCCCUGCCAAGUGUGUGGAGGGGGGGGAGAUGCCCACACAGGAGUAAACCCCCAGUAGUAAGUCAGUACUAUGCAUGGCUAUGAGGCCCCAACUGCCCAUUGUGCCCAUGCAUUAAGAUGUCUCUGGGAUAAUAUAGAGCAGGAUAAAUAUAAGACAAGCUGGAUCGAACACUCAAUAACACUGAAAAGCAGAAAUCACAGGAAGGGUCAUAAAAAAACUUUAUGUUUAAAUAGGGUGAGUAGUUAUAUCUUGUUAUUGCAUCUGAUGGGCAUCUCCAAACGGCAUUAGUGUGUGUUUACAUCAUCUGUGUUACGGAAUGCCCAUCAGCGACACAUAUGACAAUCGAUAAUUAGCAGAGGAGGGAGAGCUUGACAUCACUUCAGACGUUACAGAUCAGAUCAAAUAUCAAAAGAGGUUCUAGUAGUAAAUUGACAAGCAACACCUAAAAGAGAAAUAUCUUCAGCAUUUUUUAGAUUAAUCCUGUUGUCAUAACAAAAAAGCUGGUCUAUGGAAUACUACUGUCCUUGAAACAACAAAAACACAAAGCCAGCAGCCAAAUUUACAGCGUUAACAAAAUGUUCUUAUACUAAGAGGAUUAGGGGAAAGUGCUGGGAAUAUAGGAGAUUUAAGAUGUUAAGACGGGUUUUGCUAUGGAAGCGUUUCAACAAGAAACUUGGCACUGGUCGUAGUAAAAAUGGAACCAAUUUAUUUUUACAAAAACAUAUUUUCAAUGUUUUGUUAAUUAAACUCCUGCUGUUAAAACAGAUGAGUGAAAUUUAUAUAAACAGUGCCUGCUUUAACCUUCUUAACCCUACCAUAUCCAUCUCUACAAGAAAUGCUUUGUACUUGCAACUGUGAUCAGGUAUUUAUUUUAGGGCCAAUUACACCUAAAAAAUUACUGACUGAAUGAAAUGUUAUUAUACUGACAUUUCCAAAAAUCAACACAAUUGCAGUUUGUCCGAGAGAUUGAAGCCAAGAAACUAUACAUAUAACAUAAUGGAGAAAUGUUAUGGUCGACUCACGCACUAGUUAUUUUCUUGUGUAGGACUAAUAAACUGCUCAAUUUUCUCUUCAGGUUGUUGAUUUAAUAAGUGAUUGUGAGCUUUGUUAUUUAAUAUAUUGUACAAACAAGCUUCAGCGCCCACACAAAAUACCCAGUGAACACGAGAUUUUUCAGCAAAGAAAUCAACGGGACUGAACAAUGCAGCAGCCAUUUAACGUUCUAUGUUCAUGCUUAAUGGGACAAAACAACAUAUUGAAACCCUAAUCAGAUUACCACGUUCCCCAAAUCUGUACUGACCUGUUCUGCUCUAAUGGCUUUAAGCUACAUUUAGAUUUUUUGAUUAUAGGAUAUGUUAUGGUGUGUACGCCAUGACUGUAUGAGAUAAUUAGGUGCAAGGGGGAAAGAAACACACAGGCAGGGGUGAGAAGGAUAAAGUGAAGACCAAGUGGCAGUGAGGACUUGACACACAAGUGUAGAGUGGGAGGAAGAGACAUAAGUGGGGGUGUAGGACAAAGGAUUUUAAGCUACCUAUGCAUCAUGGGAAAUGGAGUUCAACAUCAUCUGUAGAAAUAAAGAUAGUUACUGUUCAUGUAGUGGUGGUGUGGCCAGCCAAUGGUUUUGUAACGGGUCCCAAGAUUUAGGAUGAAAGCACUAAAAACACUGGGCCAACUUUGUGGUGGGAGUAGCCUAGGUGGUUGGCUACAACUUGAUACUCUUUGGGUCUAUGCCUACGUGUUUUCAAGUAGUCAGUGAUGCAUAUUGCUUUCAUCAAAAGAGAACACAAUGAGUUUAGUUUAUUUUUUCAACAUUGAUUGACAUGGAGAUAUCUUAUCCAGGAGAUAUCAAGAUGGAGAUAUCUUAUCCAGUUGCAGGAUAGAUAUAUGGGGAUUUCUACAUUUAAUAUUAUUUUUUACACUUCACGAAUACAUAUUUGUUAAGUAUAGGUGAUAUGUAAAUAUAAUAUAAAAAAUCCUGAGAAGGGAUCUCCACUGUAAUCUUUUUCUUGCGCUAAUAUUUGUGAAGACAGAGGUUAUACCUCUUUGGGGUGUACCCUUAUGCAAAUCAACUAUUUAAUAUUUGCAUAAAGUACUGCAGGAUUGCAUUGCAAUCCCUGUGGAAAUAGAUGCAAAUACAAUGUCAUAUCUGAAUACGAUCACCAGAAGAUUACAGGUCCUGUUAUCGCACUGCAAAAACUAUAAAAUGGAAAUUAAAACUAUGAGUGUGCAUUUUGCUGCUAAAUGGCUACUUUGAAAAAGAACAUUAGAAAGAAAAGAACUAGCUAUUUUUAAUAUUCCUCAAUUCAUAUAAAACCAUAGACAUAGAGGAGGUAGAUGAUAAAGAACUAAAUUUACAUAAAUGCAGUGAUAAAAUUGCAAGGUUAAAGCGACACUGUCAUGGCCGAGUCCCGUUUUUCUUUAACCCCCCUCCCGACUCCACUACAUCUAAUUGUCCCCCUAGUUACCUCCAAAUGCCCCUAAGCCUCUCAUAUUACCUAUUUUCUAAUCUUUAUAUUCUGCCCGGACUAAGGCCCUGGGCGCCACCAUAUUUGUGUGGGUAGAUGAAGUCCCUGUGGUACACGUCAUCUGCCCAAACUAGAUAGCACUGUGAAAUUCCCGCACAUGCCCAGUUAAACACUUGGGCAUACAAAUAGGAAUUUCAUCUAUUCAUUCAUUCGUCAGAAAGACGAAUAAAUUAAUAGAAAAUUCAAACGAAUGAACGAAGACCUCUUCGUACGUUCGAUUUGGUUUAUUACAAGGAGGGAGCUACCGGCGCGCUGCUCCCUCUUUGCAAUAUGUAAAGAUAGAAGCAUCAGGGAACAGUGCUCCCCACCACUUCCUAAGCCCUCCUUCACUCUGUAGGAGUGCCCCUACUCACUAUGCUGCAAGUAGGGGCAUGUCUACUAAAAAGUGAGCAGCUAGUGGCUGCUCACUGUUAAAAAAAAAGCCCUCUAGUGUCCCUCCUCCUGAGUCGCGUGAGUGGGGGCUAUUAAACUGAAGGGGGGACCUAGUGCCCCCCCCCAGCCCCACCUAUAAGUGGUGGGUGGGGGCCCUAAAUGAAAAUGGGGGGGGGCCUAUUGUCCUCUCCCCCGGCACCAACCCAUGAGUGGCGGGUGGGGGCCCUGAAUGAAAAUGGGGGGACCUAUUGCCCUCCCCAUCCCCAUUUUCAUUUAGGGCCUCCACGCGCCGCUCAUAGGUUGGGGCCGUGGGCUGGGGGGGACAAUAGGUUGCUCACUGUUUAUUAGACAUGCCCCUACUCGCGAUAUAAUGAGUAGGGGCAGAAUUUACUUAUACUAAGUAAUCUUUACUUGGUAUUAGUAAAUUUGGCUGAUUGAUAGCCUUUUGGUAGAUAGCUCCAUAAUACCGUUGGAAUUAGGGAGUUAUCUACUAAGUGGCUGCAAGAUUUGAAUGAAAUUCCGAUCCGAACAAAAUCCUGAAUUGCGUCCUAACACGAAUGGAAGAACUGUUCUCAUUCUGUUAGGACGAAAUUCGGUAGUUUCAUCGGCAUCCUGUCUAAGUGAAGAACAGAUCCUGACAGAUGGAGAGAAGAAGAAACAAUUGGGGAAAGGUAAGUUCGGCAUGGCAGUGCCGCUUUAACGGAUUAUUAGAAUGGAAUCAUUGCUGCAUUUCAUAUCGUAUAAAUGAAUUUGGAAUCUAUGGACUGUGCUAAUGUGACUGCACAAGAUAAAACUGCAUUUGUCGUAUUAACAUAAACCAAAUGUAAUAAAGCUGUUGAAGAGGAACACUAAAACAGAUAAGUAUAGACUACAUUUUAUCCAAGGAGAAUAUUUUAUACCUGUACGUCUGCUGGCUGAAUGCCUUUAUUUGUUAUCUUUCUCAAAAGAGUGCCCAAAAUCAAUAAAAACUUUAUUACCAAUUUAAAUGAAAGCAGUGUAUAUCAGAUGUUAUCACGGAGGGCUGUGAUGAUAAAAAGAGGUUCUGUAGCACACUAUAACAAUGCAAUAGGAGAGAAACAUUGCUUGCUGAUAGUUUCUUUUUAGGAUAUUUGGGGAGUCUGAAGAGCUCUCACACUUGGUAGAUGUGUUAAAUAUACCUGAAAUAAAAGCAUGUCUUGCAAACAAGGUAUGAUACCAAGUCGAUGGGCACAACGAGCAUCCCCAGGUUGUUUACCUGCUGUGUUGUGGUGAAAAAAUGGGGUAUAUAAUGCAAACCCUACUAACAAUGGGGAAUUGCACCCGUAGACUCUUGGCAAUAUAACCACUGCCGCAAGCUGUAAUGGUUCUGUUGCCAGGGGUGUAUUUACCACAAGGCAAACAAGGCAUUUGCCUAUGGCAGCCCUUUCAGGGGAUGGCAGCAAAAAACGCCCCCAAGUGCCCAGGUAAAUGCCUUGUUUGCCUUGUGUACUGGGCAGCUCAUGAGCUGGCUACCACCUUAGGACCCCCUCUAGGUGUUAACGUACUAAUAUUCUAUCCGGGCGAUGAGGGAGAUAUGUCCUUUUAGAUUAAAAAAAAUAUUAAUAAUUAGUGAGUGUAUGAGAAAAUGUGUGUGUGUCUGACAGUGAGGAUGUUUGUGACUGUCGGUGAGUGUGUGUUUGUGUCUGUCAUUGUGAGUGUCUGUCCUUGUGUGUGUGUCUGUCAGUGUGUGUCUGUCAGUCAAAAAAAAGGCAUUGACACGAAUUGGUAGGGCAAAUUUAGAUAAGGGGGUGCCGAAUUUAGUCGUGCCUAGGGCAGCACAAAUCCAGAAUACACCACUGUCUGUUGCUUAGAGUGUUUCUUCACUAGAAACAGAUCCAUUUCUGACAUCCGUUAUAGAAUUGUCUAGUUCAGUGACUUGGCAAGCAAUCUGGGUGCAAGGCUUCCACUUAUGUGUCCAUAUCUAGGACAGUAAUUCCCUCCUCCGUUAGAUACUCACCCAGUUUCCACUCCUUCAAAAAUAGGGAUCGACCGAUAUUGAUUUUUUAGAACCAAUACCGAUACCGAUAUUCUUUGAACUUCAGGCCGAUAGCCGAUAUAAUUUGCUGAUAUUCUGUACAUUUACCAUUUUGGAAAAUAAAAACAAUUUCUAAAGGUAAAUGCACAAAAUAUACAUGCCACAUGUAGUGGAUGCAGUGUGUUUAGACAGGGGAGCUGUGUGUGUUUUUGUAGUGUGUGUGUAGUGGAUGCAGUGUGUGUUUGUGUAGUGUGUGUGUUGUGGAUGCAGUGUGUGUUUGUGUAGUGGAUGCAGUGUGUAUUUGUCUAGUGUGUAUAUAAUGAAAGCAGAGUGUUUGUGUAGUGUGAGGGUAGUGUGCGUAAAGUGAAUGCUGUAUAUACUAAAUGCAAAGUGUGUGUUUGUGUAGUGUGUGUAUAUAAUGAAUGCAGAGUGUGUGUGUAUUUGUGUGUGUAUAGUGAAUGUAGUGUGUUUAUAUAAUGCAGAGUGUAUGUGUUUGUAUAGUGUGUGUGUAUAUAUAAUGCAGUGUGUUUGUGUAGUGUGCAUUAUAUAAACACACUACACAAACACACUGCAUUAUAUACACACACUGCAUUAUAUAAACACACUACACAAACACACUGCAUUAUAUACACAGUGUGUUUGUGUAGUGUAUGUGCAUAUAAUGGAGUGUGUGUGUGAGGGGGCAUUUUUUAUUAAAUUAUUGUUAUUUUUUUAUAUUUAGUUAUUAUUUAUUUUUGUUGUCCCCCCCUCCCUGCUUGUUGCCUGGCCAGGGAGGGGGGAUAUAGCAGUCCCUGGUGGUCCAGUGGCAUUGGCUGAGCUGUGGGGGGGCGGGCAGCAAGUGUUUACUCACCACCCAGCAGCUCCUCCAGCUCCCCAGUGUAAGUCGUGCGGCCCUCGUGCCACGCGGGUCUCGCGAGAGUUACACUGGGGAGCUGGAGGAGCUGCUGGGAGGUGAGUAAACGCUUGCUGCCACCCCCCCCCCCCAGGACCGCCGGGUUUGUUAUGAGCCUGGCGGUCCUAGGAGGCAAUAUCGGUAUCUGAAUUGGCCGAUAACGAUAUUGCCAAAAAUACUGAAUAUCAGCCGAUUAUAUCGGUAAAAUCGAUAAUCGGUCGAUCCCUAUUCAAAAAGUCAUUAAAAACCCAUUCUUCAUAAAAGUGUAUCAAUUAAACUGUAAAUAGCUCCCGACUGAUUUCUCUCUUACAACUGAGAUUAGUCUAAUACAAUCCUUACCUUUUGUGUCACUUUAUCCAACUCCUUCUAGCAUGUAAGCUCAUUGAGCAGGGCCCUCAACCCCCUCUGUUCCUGUGCAUCCAUUUGUCUGGUAACAACUACAUGUCUGUUCGUCCACCCACUGUAAAGCGUUGCGGAAUUUGUUGGCGCCAUAUAAAUAAUAACAUAAUAAUGUAAUCAAGAGUGUGAUAGACUGUCCGAUGUAAUUUCUUUAUUCACUGUCACAUAAGUCGUUACACCUGGCAAGAAAUUCAGAGAGCAUUUUGCAAGGGCGUUAUGCCACUUGCACCGUCCUGUUGAGUUAAUGUCCUCUAGCAUUUGGUGGGCAUGUCUGAUUUUUGUAUUAUUCAAAGUAACAUAAAGCAAAUGAAAUAUCUGUUCUAUACACGUCAGCUCUGAGGAGCUAAUUCAUCGUGUUUCUGUAACGAACUCAGAAUGCUGUGCAAAAUAUGCAUUUUGUUUUUGUCUUGGUGGAAGCUUAUGGCUUAUGUCCCUGAUAAUACAUUUUAUUAACCCUUGUGUUUUCAUUUGCCGUUAGUGAGGGCAAAGCUUAUCUGUAAGAUUUUAUCCAGGUGUCUCGGUUUUAAAGCACUUAUGCCUGGACAAAAUGUAAAUGUUAUCCAAGACGUACUAAUAGAAGUUAGCAUGCACAGAGGUAUUGAAUGCCCCAAAAAUAUGAGAAUUGUAGUAGGAAACCCAUGUUUCUAUGUACUAUUCUGCUUUUCUAUUUACUUUUACUAAUUACCACUAAACACUGGCAUAUCGAGUUAUUAUAUGUGCCUUUCUUGGCCCCACAUUUUUUGAAUGAGUUUUUUUAAUAUAAUGUUUUUUUGUUUUAUAUAAUGUUUUAAAAAAACAUUAUAUAUUGCACGAAUGACUUGCUGAAAACAGAUUGAUUUAAUAAUAAUAAUAAUAACCUACCACAGAGUUAAUUUAUACCAAUGUACUCCAGUAACAUUACACUGGAUGAAUCUGUCUGCCCUAGCCCCUGCUGGUACACUGUUUGGAUUUAAAAGAAAAACUAAACACACAAGGAAGUAUUACAGAAAACAUGUGGAACAGUUUAAGGCAGAACGUCCUUUAAUAUUUCAAGCAGAGCGCUACAGUCUUCUAUAAAACAAUGUAAUUUUUAGGAAAAGGACAUUGUAUUGAGAUGUGGCCCAAGACACCAUACCAACUUACUAAUGAAUGGUCUAUAUCUAGGGAGUCUUACAAAGACAGAGACUAUAAAUCAGUUGGGGAUCGAAGACAAAAUAAUACCAAAUUAAAUAUAUUAGUACAACACUAUUAUUAUUAUUAUUAUUUUUCGCAUUUAUAUAGCGCCAACAAAUUCCAUAGCGCUUUACAAUAUUACAAGAGGUGGAGAUUUAACAAUAAAUGACACAAUUAUAAAAAUUUACAGGAACAAUAGGUUGAAGAGGGCUCAAACGAGCCUACAGUCUAGGAAUAUAAUGUAUCAUUUAUAGUGCCAUUAUAAAACUUCCAGAUUGAGUUCCUGACUUGUUUCUGCCUGUUUGUGUUUAUUGCAUUCCCUUAUAAGUUAAAUCAAUGAAAGCCACCAACAGAGCACAUCAGUAGGAUAGCACAUAUUAGAUUAGCUAGAGCAUGGCUCACAAUGUAUACUUACUACUGACCACUGUGAAUCUGCCAGCACCCUUUCAGGCUUGCAGUGGCAAGUAACCUUUUAAGCAGAAUUUCAAGAUGGAGCAAGCACCUUAGUGAAUGUAGAACUUCACUACCUCUUGUAGCCUAGAUAUGACACCUAAGUGAGAUCUUACGAAACGUCUAAAAGUUGAAGUUAAUACUCACUUCUAGUUAUAGUUAAAGGACCACUAUAGUGCCAGGAAAACAUACUUGUUUUCCUGGCACUAUAGUGCCCUGAGGCUGCCCCCACCCUCAGGGUCCCCCUCCCGCCGGGCUCUGGGGAGAGGAAGGGGUUAAAAGCUUACCUUUCUCCAGCGCUGGGCAGGGAGCUCUCCUCCUCCUCUCCUCCUUCAUAGCGACGUCAUCGGCUGAAUGCGCAUGCGCGGCAGGAGCCAGUCAAUGAGACAGCCACUAGAGGCUCUAGAGGCUGGAUUAACCCUAUUAUAAACAUAGCUGUUUCUCUGAAACUGCUAUGUUUAUAAAAAAAAGGGUUAACCCUAGCUGGACCAGGCACCCAGACCACUUCAUUAAGCUGAAGUGGUCUGGGUGCCUAUAGUGGUCCUUUAAACCUGCUCUUGCACACAAUACAAGUUAGUAUGUUUUAGUUUUACCUCUUAUGAAGACAGUGCCAGUUUUCUACUUGUUUGUCAUCCUUGUUCGUAACAAGUAUUUUAACUAGGACUGUAGGGCAUUACUCCUAAUUCAUCAGAACAUUUGACCUUUGCAAGUUCUCAUAUCGAAAUAGAAACCAUCAUUUAUGAUUAUGGAAUUUUUGCAUUUAGUAGAAAAUAAAGCUAGUCUGAGCAGGGUCCUCUUUAAGCUAUUGUUCCUGUAAGUUUUCUUUUAAUUGUCCUAUUUAUAGUUAAAUCCCUCCUCAUAAUAUUGUAAAGCGCUAUGGAAUCUGUUGGCGCUAUAUAAAUGGUGAUAAUAAUAAUAAUAAUUUCCAAUAUAUACAUGUUAUUUUUUUGUCUAGAUUCUAUAACCUAAGUUUUUGUUAUGACGUGACUUUUUUAUGAAAGGAUUUAAACAGAGCAUCUCAUAUAAAUUUAUGCCGAUUUUGUAAUUUUGCCUUAAACUGCUAACUUUAACGUGUUCAAAGAAUUAUGAUACAUGAAACUGCUUAAAAUGGCCCUCCUCACUAUGAGGAGGACAUAUUUUGAUAUUUUAGUGGUGAUGCUUAGGAUGAGUAACUAUAUAAAGGUUCCGACUUAGAACUCAAACGGUAACAAGCAAUAAGGGUUUUUACGCUCUCUAUGCGCCAGAGGUCCUGGAGCCCAUUUGCAGUGCAUACUAACUACAUGGUUGUCCACAGUGGCUUCUGUUGCAUGAUUCUGGCACAAACCGCCUGACACGGCUAGUUUUUGCUGAGCAAGGAGACCACAACCUAGAACUGUAUAACGCUUAAAUACAGAUUCUCCUGCAGCACAAAGGCUGUACAAAUUAAGUAUAGGACAUUUCAAACUGAAAGUCACAGAGGUCGGACCAAUCCGUAACAUAAUCAUAAGAAUGUCAAACUUUCUGUUUAGAAAUAGCAAUAGGGAGAUGAAUGAAUUGGGACAGCACUGAGGACAGAAGCAGUAUUUGGGUGUACACAGCAAAGCUCAAAAACAAUAAAGUACUGGCCAAUAAGGUGUUUAUUGUACUGUAAACAUUCUCUAACUUUGAAUUCUCACUUUUGGGAAUAACUCAUCUAAUAUAAAAUGCAUAUAGGUUAGAUAUGGAAGUGAUUAAUAGAACCAGUGCUGACUGCAUCAAAAAACACAGGACUGAAACAUUCAGGGUUCUUACAUCCUGGUAACAACUCAGUUCUCUGUUGGUCAUUUAAAGGUCGUUUUGCAGGUCCGCAAUAAUGGCAAAUUCUUUUAUAUUGGUUUAUAAUGCUAGCUCUUUUCUUUUUUUUGUUUAAAACUGUUAUCCAGAGUGCUUUAUAAAUGGAAUGCAUCAUUCGAGGUAGGGGUACUGAGAGAGGCCCAUGGACACGCUGAAACAAAAAGGGUUUUGAGUUUUAAGCUAUAUGUGUAGCGCUUUUAUACAAACUUUUAUAAUAAUAAAUAAAAACAUAUGCGUGUGAGCAUGCAGUAUAACGUGAUAAUAUUCAUCAAGACAAGAAAUAUUGGGGAGAAAAGUCACUUGUUAAAAUAAUUAAUUAUAAUGGAUAUAUAAACAGAUAAAACUGAGCUUUAUAAACAAACAAGAGGUUUCGAAAGACCCAUGCUCUAGCUACCUUAACAGAGAUCUGUCACUUUUUUUUUGCAUUUUCCAAUCCCCCAUUAGAUAGACCUUUCCCCUCUCCCCCAUAAUUAGGAUAAUUUGUAAGUUGUACAUAAGAAAAUGUAGGAACUAUUACUCCUUAUUUAUAACCUUAAGGUUGACAAAAAGCGGAGCUUUAGUCAAGCUCCACGGCCUUGAUCAAGUUUGUCAUUGGCUGUCCGAUUCUAUACUCACCUCCCUCACACUCUGAAUGAGAUAGUCAAUUGAGGUCAAUGCCUAACUGGCAUGUGCCUCACCUAAUGUGACCCUCAUGGGCAGAUGACAGCAAUUCCUGGCACCGCCAUCUUAGGAACUUUAAAAUGGAAAGAAGACCCGGAUGGACCGUAUAACUGUGUAAAAUGGUGAGUAAAUCUGGCCCCAUGAUCAAAAAUAGUUAAAGGACCUUCAGGAGAUUUGGAGGAAUGGAUCCCUCGGCUGAGAGCCAGGGCAUCCAUAUUGUGACAGAUCUGCUUAAAGUGUAGAUAAGGUGGAUAAUAGGCAUAUAGGGGCACAGUUGAAGAAAGGUAAAUAUCGUGGUCAAGAGAAGUGUAGUCUGCAUGCCAAUAACUAGAUCAUAUGACCACUUGGUAUUAUAAUACAAGGCAGAGCCUAGGAUAGGGAUAGCAACCAUUUGUUGGUGCUGUGCCGAAAUAAAGCUUUGAAAUUCCUUAGGGUGCCAGGCCUAUUUAUUCAAAGCAAUGUUUACGUAUCUUGCAUUCAUUUUGCACAUGUUAUAUAUAGAUGCAGUGGCUGCUCUGUAAAGGUUUGUGUUUAUGUGGGCUGUAAAUGUAUGUUUGAGCAUGUCCCACAUGAAUGCCUGUGGUGUUAUGUGUAUGUAUGUACAUACAUUUCCCUGUGGGAAAACAUUGGAUUGGCUGAGAUAAUCAAUUCUGAUGAUGUCAGCCAAGGAGGUGGAUCAGGGGCGGGGCCAGCACCUGCCGACCCGUGGAAAGCUGGACUUAAGGUAAGUUUUAAUGCUUUCUAAGGGAGCAAGCCAACUAAAUGGUGGGGUAGGCAUAAGGCUAUCCUAACUAUAAGAUAAGGCUGAUACCACGGCCAGCCUCGGGGGGCCCUGAGGUGGCCGGCUCCUGGGCCCCCCAGGAGAAGAGGCUGGCCACAGUGGCAUACAUACUGGGUUGCAGGGCAGCCGGGCCCCCUGGUGAGCCGGGCCCGGUCGCAGCCGCGAACCCGGUAUGUAUGCCACUGCAGGGAGCUGUAAUAAGUUGCAAAUUUGUUUCAGAUUUGCAUGGGGUGGAGGAUUUUUUGGCGGUUGUGGCUUGUAGAUAGUGGAUUUUAGAUUGAGUUUGCUUAUCUCUAAGUCUGUGGGCCAGUGCCUUGCUAGCUCUGUUGCCAAGCACAAAUGUUCUGGCUUUCAAUUUUUUAAUUGCGUAGCUCGCCUUCUGGAAGUUAGUGGUGUUGAUCUGCUGUUGGAUAUUCAUAAUUAAUUGUUGUGUUGUUUUUGAGGGGUGGAGCUGCUUGGUUCUGUGAAGGUCCAGCAGUUUUUUUAGGUUUUGGAUGUGCAUGGUGUGGUGUUUCUUUUUUUUUUUUUUUUUUAAGGUGUGAGGCUUGGCGAACCAAGAGGCCCCUGUAAACUGGUUUAUAGGCCAUUCAUAGUGUCAUUGGGGAUAUGUUAUUGGUGUCAUUGUCCUCAAAGUAUGUGAGUAUUUCGUGUUGUAGGGCUUGGGCAAAGUGGGGGUCAUUUAAAAGUUGCUCAUUUAGUCUCCAAGGACUUCGAUUUUUGUAAUUAUAAUGGUCCGCUACUGUCAGUGUAACUGGGUUGUGGUCUGACCAUGUGGAUGGCUCUAUUUCCCACGCUAUGGCUCUGUUGAGAUGUGCAUUUUGCAUCAGGAACCCAUCUAUCCUCGAGUAAGUGUUAUGGAUCUGCGAAUAGUGUGUGUAUUCUUUAUCAUUUGGGUGUAGUGUACUCCAUGCGUCGUAGAGUCCAAAUGUUUGUAGGAGCUUGGACAAGCAUUUGCACUGCUUGUAUAGUGAUUUGGACCUGUGGGCCGUGUGGUUCGCUGAUGAGUUCAUUGAUGGGUCUUGGAAAUGAUUGAAAUCUCCACAUAUAAUUGUGGUACCAGUUUGCAUCUGUGUGGUUAGCUGCAAUACAUUUUGCAGGUACCUCCCUUGGUUUGUAUUAGGGAAGUAUGCGUUCACUGUGGUGUAUGUGGAGCUGUUUAUAGUACAGAUCAGUAUGAUAUAUCUGCCCUGUGGGUCUUGUUGUACUGCAAUUUCAUCAAAUGCCAGGUGUCGGUUCAGCAAUAUGGAGACCCCUCUGCUUUUUGUGGGUGCCAUUGCGUGAAACUGGUGAGGGUAUUCUGCCUUUCCUAGGAUGAGGUUGGAGUUGGUUUGGAAGUGUGUUUCUUGUAGGCAUAUUAUGUCAGCUUGUGUGCCCCUUAGGUCCUUGACAAGAGUGUGCUGUAUUUGUGGAGUGUUCAACUCUCUAACUUUAUACGUAUAUAUUUUCAUCCAUAUGCGGGUACUAAGGGUGACUGCUGUGCGUGGCGUCUGCAGUACUCACGGGGUAAGGGCAGUAGCCAACAUUUGGCCUGGUGCCUGAUUAAUGAGGAGGGCGAUGCAUGGUUAAAGGACAUUUCUGGGUUAUAAUGUAUCUUGUUUCUUAAAUUUGCAUUUAGGGAACAUUUAACAUUAAAACAUAACAUUAAAAAUGUUAAACAAAAACAUAGACAAUAGUCAAACACUAUAAUUGGAGCAUCCAUUUAACAAGACUUGAAGGUGUUAAAUUAACCUUCUUAGGUAGGGGGUAAGUGGUCUGGUCCAACCAAAUAAUGCCCAGACCAAGCCUAGUAAGAGUCGCAGCUCUAAUUAUGCUACCACUAAUCUCGAUCUGGGAGGGUCUGGUCUGUCCGCAUAGGCAUUAGUAAGUAUAGGAAUGUUAAGGUAACCUUGCACGGUCCCUUGUUGUACUGGGCAUGGUCUGUCACCCAGUAAUUUCUCGACUGGGGUCUGUCAAGUGCUUCUGUCUGGCAGCCCAGUAGGGUUGGUUGUCAGUCGGUGGGACCUGGCUACUGCAAAUACACAUUACAUUUUGCACAUGACCCCCUGACCCGGCCGACGGGGUGUGGUGCCCAGUACUCUUCCCUGUGGUGACCGAUUUACUCUGCCCCUUUGGCUGACCAGAACGGCCCGUCUCUCCUUUUUACCCACCGUGGGCAAGUCUAAACCUCAGCCACUUGCACAGGAGGGAGAGUCUCUUGCCGACGUUACUGUUCUGACCUGGUUGUGUUCAGUCUCAGUUUGGGCAUUCUAUAGGGAUCCUGUUGUCGCGGGCCUUCCCCACCGUUGGGUCGAUCUUCUUUAUGCCCCAUGUGUGGAGUAGGUCAGCAGCCUCUGGGACUGAGGACACCGCAUGCAGCUUGCCACCUUUGGAGAUGAGUAGUUUGACUGGGUAACCCCAGAGGUAUGGAAUAUUAUGCUGGCGGAGAGCCUCAGUGAUGGUUCGGAAGUUCUGUCUUCUCCUUAGGCUUUCCACGAAUAGGUCUACGAAAAUAAGGAUGUCUUUGAACUUCUUUGCAAUGCCUCUUGUGUUUCGGUGAGAUUUUAAGAUCUGCUCUUUUAUACGAAAAUAAUGCAUUUGCAUAAGGACAUCUCUAGGUAUAGAGGGAGAGAUAUGGGAGGGCCUUGCCACUCUGUGGAUCCUGUCCAGGAUCAGCAUGGCCAGGGGAAUAUCGGGCAGUAUGGAGCGGAAGAAUUCUGCUGUGUAUGCAGUUAGCUCCGUUUGAUGUAUCUCCUCGGGGUCCCACUUAGCCGGAGAGUGUUCCUUCAGGAGCGAUCCUCCAAGUCCAUAAGCUUGUAGUCAUAGCGCUCUAAUUUGCUUUCCAAUUCCUCCAUUUUGUCCGCCAUGAAAUUGUGGGCCAUGGAGAUUUCCUCUACCUUGCCUUCCAGAUGAGAGGUUUGAUUGCCUAGUUCCACAAUAUCUUUCUUCAGUGCUGUUUUUUCUGUUUUCACCGUGGCUUGCAUUUAACAGACCACUUCAUCUAGCAUAUUUUGCAGUAUUGGCUUAGUCACUGUUUUAUCCUCCUCGAUGUAGCUGUCUGCUGUGUCCGACUCUGCGCUAUCUUAGGCCUUCUGGCGCACUGGCUUGUUCUGCGGAGUGUGGGCUGCAAAAAAGGUCACCUUUACUUUGGCGUCCGCCGCUUUUUUUGUAGCGAAGCUGCGACAUCUCUGAGGUUAGUUUUACUCUUUUUUGUGCUCUUUUUAUGCGGUUAAAAUGUUUUUUUUAGAGCUGUUGUGACAGAGCUUGCGCAGUCUGUGACCAUCUGGCUCAAGUUCCAGCCACGCGCCCCCCGUAUUAAUUUAUUUUAAAAACUUUGUAGAUACUGAGUUGAAGGGAAAAAAUCCUAAUGUUAUGUUUAUUUAGGUGAAGGCUGUGUGUUGUAUACUUUUGUAGUGUUUGCAAUCAAAGCUAGCAGACUGGUCAUUAUGAGGCGAACAGUGCAGAAUUAAAAUGCUGGUUUCUUCUGUACAAGAGAUAGAGCAAUACCAGACAGUAAUUCUGUAAUUCUAACCUCUCACAUGGACUUGUGACAAAGGCCUUACAAUCAGUAGUCAUGUGACAUACAAUGCAAUAAAACACUGUGGAAUGAGGGUUAUUUUAUGAAACAGUCCUUUGAUGUCAAUUAAUAAAUAUGUUGCAAAACCUCUUGCUAUUCUUCCAACUCUGUUUAGGCUAAAUUGUCCUGAUUUUGUCAAUUCCCUACAACUCGCUGUUUAGUGUAUAUACCUCUGAAAGUAUUACAUUGCAGGGUGAGAUAAAGUAAAAAAAAUAAAAAUUGUUAGAGUGUUUUCUGUUUUCUUUUUUUUUCUUUCCGUAAUUUAUCUGAAUAACACAUCAUUGUUUUCGUAUACUGCUUACUAUUCUCUGCAGUACAUAUAAAAUAUUGAAAAUGUAGCCACUUAUUGUAGGAAUGUAUGAUAAUGGAUACAUAAACACAGCCUCUGUAGCUCCUAAAUAGCUGAGUGGCAUUUAUAAAAUCACCUUUUAUAAUAUCUCAAAAACAAUCAUUUAUAUGUGAUCCUCUACAAUGCGUGACUGCUUUAUUUUUUUUCCCAUUUUAACCUAUUAUUACAGAAAGUGGAACUCUAACUACCAGCUCCUCAGAAAUAUAAUCUUUCAAAGUACAUUUCCUUCAAAAUACGAAGAAAUGAAAUUACAGGAAAGUUGUUCCUUUUCAGGUAAGUCUCCCAUAUAUAGUAAAAGGAAGAAUUUGAUGCAAAAUUACACUUAAAAAAUAUAUUUAGCAUAAGGUUUAAUAUCAUGGCUAAGCGCACAUUGCUCUAUGAGUAAUAGAAAAAUUAUUUGUAUGUAGGACAAGGAACAAACCCAGCUAAAAAUUUGAGGUGCAGUCUUUGUAUAAUGCCGAUAUUUCGUUUUUUUAUUAACUCCCCUGUUACUGACUCAAAUAAUAAUUUAUCUUUAAAAAAAAAAAUACUCCCAGUAGGAAGUUGGCAAUAGUUUAAUGACCUACAUAGAUAAUGCGUUAAAAUAUUUGAAAAAAUUGCUGUUUAACACGCAGCUUACUCAUCACAUAGGAAGAAUGGAGCUGAUGCCUAAGCUGAUAGCAGUUUUGUGAAUGGAGCUGUACACAGCUAUGUUAGGAGGAACUAUGUAAUUGCCUGUUUGGAAAAACUGCAUGCCAAUCCACUUUCCCAAGUCAGUAUGGAUGGAAAGCAUGAGUUUCCACCUUCUUAUGUGAUCUGAUAAUUGAUAAUACAAGGAAACAUGUUUUAUUUCUAUUCCUUUUCAAUUCACAUAUACUCAAUAAGGUGUCAAUUGAAAUCCACAAAUUUAGAGAGAAUUUAAAAAAAAAAAGGAUCUUAAUCCUAAAGUAAUACUUCCGGAUAUUAUUGUUUAAGACUAUGUCUAAUUUAAGACUAUGUCCUCUUGUUGUGGUAGUUUUUCUUCUUUUAAAUAUAGUCUCCUCCUUUACUGUGUUGAUUCCCUUUAUAUAUUUAAAUGUUUCUAUCAUAUCCCCCCUGUCUCGUCUUUCCUCCAAGCUAUACAUGUUAAGAUCCUUUAACCUUUCCUGGUAAGUUUUAUGCUGCAAUCCAUGAACCAGUUUAGUAGCCCUUCUCUGAACUCUCUCUAAGGUAUCAAUAUCCUUCUGGAGAUACGGUCUCACCAGUAACUUUGCCUCUGACACCAUCCUUAAUCAAUAUCAGAAGAAUGGUCUUUAAAUGUAAAUGUGUAAAUUAACUAGGAUGGUGUUAAUGAAUCCACAGCAUUUAUUUACAGAAAGGUCUGUACUGUGUAUAACGUUUAACUAAAGUUGUAGCUUGUAACUCUGUAACCAAAGUUAAUUCUUCAAGGUGACAAUACACAAUAUCCUUAGAACCUUCACUAUGAUAGUUCCAUUAUGUACUGAGCAGACAGGUAAUCACAGGUUUAUAACUAGGUCCCAGCACUCAAACUUUGACUAUUUAACACCAAUAUUUAGUUAAGCAGACAAUGAAAACCCAGCAUGUAGCUAGAGUAUUAAAUCACAUCUGUUUAACUGGUAAACAACUGGUUCACGAGGGUAUGGCUUUCUAAAAAAGCCUAGGUUUCUUUUAAUGUUAUUUUUAUAGAUUAUCUCGAUUUUACUGGAAGGAAACCAGUUAGGAAUAACAGACAUGACUUAAACAUAACCCUGUGUCCCUCCCCAAAUACUGUUUUUCUUUGAAAUAAAGACAUUUAGAACUUUAUGUGGGUUUUAUUUCCCUUAAUUUUUGCAUGCCGGUCAGGCACACGCAGCUAUGACAAUAAUGAAAACAGAAAAAGCAGUAGACCAACACACAUGUGAGGUUAUUUACUAAGAUCCAGACAUACAGCGGAGAUGCCAAAUUUGUGCAAAAAUCCAUGUUGGAUUAAAACUCCAAUUAAUGUAUUUAUUAAUGGUAAUGUGUAUGCAAAUAUGGCUAUUGUCUGCUUAAAUUGAUUUAUGAACACAUUUAGUUUCUUUCCCCAGUAUAAGAGAGAACAAUAAUAAACUAUGUGACAGUCAUGAUUUAAAAAGGUGCACAUGACCAAAAUGAGGUUAAAUAAGACAAGUUACAGAAAAAGUCCUAAUGUCCGAGUUUGCCUUGAGCCAAAGAGAUUUUAUAAAAAGAUGCUGAAAUACCAAGAAGAGAUGCCACCAUUUUUCCACACUGCAAAUACAAACAAUUUUCUGCUGAACAAUCAAGUGUGGGAGCAGUGCUCGUCCAAUAUUUCACAACAGAGAGCCUAGGUGCAGCCGCAGUAAUGACAGUAAUAGCUUGUUUGAUGCUACGGAGAGUUAGGAUAAGGCCAAUUCAGCAGUAGACUAGGAUUCAGGGUCCUGAGAUUUGUUUAUUGCAGCAUCAGUUUUUCAGAACAUUCGUUUCCACAGUGGCCAAAUGAUGGACCACUACAUGCACAAAUAAUUAAGUAUAUUCCUGCCCAUAGCCUUGAAAGGACCCAGGGAGUGUGAAGGAGAUACAUAGUGGACUCAAGAUGGUCAAAAGUAUCAACCGGAAAGGGUUUUUACACCAGUUUUACAAAAGGAAUGCCCUGCCCCUUCCCCCCAGCAUUGAAAGGGUUAAAAACCCUUUUGUCACUUACCUGAUUGCCAAUGUCAGCUGGUGGGGGGGACCUAAUACACGUGUGCGGCGAGUGAUGUGAGCGCAUUAAGACUACCCCUUAGGGAAGCAUUGAAUUAAUUAGUUGAUACUGGAUGUCCUCAUGCAGAGUGUGAGGACAUCCAGCGUCAGUUAGGCGACCAAAAGUCCGCAACGGACCCGGAAGCGCCUCUAGUGGCUGUCUGGUAGACAACCACUAGAAGUGGAAUUAACCCUGCAAUGCAAUUAUUGCAGUUUAUCAAUAACUUGCACACAGACCACUUCAAUGAGCUGAAAUGAUUUGGGUGUCUAUAGUGUUCCUUUAAAAGGUUUCUCCAAUUAUUAUAAUGUCUACAGUCUGCUGUAGUGGUUAUAAUGCCAAGAGUACCCUGACAUGGUUCCCUGCUGAUAGGGCAAACUGUUUAUCAAUAGUUUGUCCCCUCACCUGGGUCCCUGGUAGUCCAGUGAUGUCCUUUCAGCUUCUGCAGAGGUGCAUCAGCUGACCACUCUCCCACAAUGAAUUUCAUUCUGUGCAAAAAGUCUCACUGCAUUGACAUUGUACAGGCAGGAACUCUAGUUCCGUGCUGGCAUAGGACACCCCUACAACGCUGUCUAAAGGGAUAAUCUCCGUAUGUGCAAAAAUUCAUAGCAAAACGCUGCACAUACAGACUGCAGACCCUAUGCCCACUUGAAAUCACUGAAGUGGUCAUAGUGUGGUCAUAGUGGUCAUAAAGUAGGAGUUCAUUACAGUAUAUAUAUAUAUAUAUAUAUAUAUAUAUAUAUACACAACUCUGUAUGCAGUGUAAUUAUUUUAUUUAUGUUCUUUCAGAAUUUUUCUCAAGUCAAGAAUAAAAUAACAACGUGCCUAUGUAUAAGUGACAGCAGCACUGCAUUAAAUAUUAGUAGUUUAAUACACGGGAAUGUAGCCUUAAAAGGACUGCAGUCACUAGAGUUCCUUGUGUGUUCUUUUACCAUAAUGUGACUGGAACUAUUCUGCAGCUGUGAAUCGUAAAAUAGAAAUAGCAGGGCUAGCAAAAUAUUCCUUGUAAGAUUCCCUACUCCAAUACCUUUUCUAAAUACUUCAUUACAUGGAUUUCUUUCUUUAUUAAAUAUGUUUUAAUUUAUCAACAUUCUAACUAUCUUGCGCUUGUGCAAAGAGAUACCAGAGGCUUAUGGGAGAUGGCAGGAUGUGGUGUUGGCAACUUCACCCAUUGCAACAUUUUGCCAAAAAUUUGGACCUUCGUGUGACACGAAUGUAGUCACUAUUUAUAAUGAGGUUUUAUUCCAUACCGAAUCUAUCCUUAUAAUAAGUAAAUUAACAUGACAGUGCUGCUUUUACAUUUUAAAAAGAAUAGACUUUAUUCCAAAAAGAGCUUACAAAACAAAGUUACUAACAGAUAUAAAGUAUUGUACUUCUACAAACACACAUAAGCCAAAGUUCACUAUGAAGGUUGAUAGAGUUUUUGUUUGACAAUUGUGAUAUAUUGUCUCCAAGGUACAAUUAACUUCUUAGCUACACAAUAGCAUUACCAGCAGUUUGGUUUCUCCAAGAAACAAUGAAGACUGUGGUUAAAGAUAAAACAAUAUUUAAACAGUGUUAUCAUUGUCACAUUAAAAGAUGGUGAGAUGAAAGCCUCUUCUUUAACGCACAAUAAAAGUGGAGAGUAAAGAGAUGAUUUAGACAAUGAAACCUUGCAUUGGAUUUAUCUAUAGCUCUAAUUAGAAACCAGCUUCCAGUUUCGAACAUAACACCCUCCUAUUAGAAUGCAAAAGUACACAUUAUGAGGUCGCAACUUCAGUGGUCAGUUGUUAUUGGUAGGAUUUGUUGGAAGUUAAAUGAAAAGUUCAGAUUUUUUUAACCAAAAUUCAAAGGUAAAUUGGUUCAAAGAAAAGUAAUGUGAAAUUGGUUCAAGACCAGUCCUGGCUCAUGGUUUUUUCUUCUUUUUUGUUUCCUUUCCUUAUGUCCCUUUUAUCUUAAUGAUAAUGCUCCCCCUUGUCACCUGCCUUUAUUUAUAUUUCUGAUCAUUUCUGCCAUGUGCCAGAUCUAAAUAUCUGGGUGCCACUAUUUUGUUCUCUUCAGCCCAUGAUAUCUGCAGAUGCUUUUACUAAGUACUGUGGGUGGGAUAUGGUGUUUCUGAUUCGCAAAUAAAACAGAACCUUGCUUUAAGCUAGACCUAUUGUUAACUGUUCUCAACUAAACUGCUACACAUCAGUAAAAGUAGUCCCUGCUUUUCUUUACCCAUUUUAUGAAGAUUGGAACACGCAGGAAAAAAUAAAAAGAGAUUUAGACACAGGAAGCUAUAUAGAAGAAAUAUGAAAUAAAGCUUAUUUUUUUGCCUUAAAGGACCACUAUAGGCACCAAGACCACUUGAGCUCAAUGAAGUGGUCUUGGUGCCAGGUCCCUCUAGGGUUAACCCUGCCUGCUGUAAACAUAGCAGUUUCAGAGAAACUGCUAUGUUUACAUAUGGGUUAAUCCAGCCUCUAGUGGCUGUCUCAUUGACAGUCGCUAGAGGCGCUUCUCACUGUGAUUUUCAAAGUGAGAAGACGCCAGCGUCCAUAGGAAAGCAUUAAAAAUGCUUUCCUAUGGACUGACUGAAUGCGCGCGCUUCUCUUGCCGCGCAUUCAGCUGAUGACGUCCGAAGGAGGAGGAGAGUCCCCAGUGCCGGGCUUUAAUUUUAACCCCUUCCUCUCCCUUCAGCCCGGCAGGAGAGGGGCCCUGAGGGUGGGGGGGACCUAUUAAUACUAUAGUGCCAGAAAAACAAGUUUGUUUUCCUGGCACUAUAGUGCCUUGUCCACCGAGAGUAAAAUCCAAGUGAAAGAUUUCAUUCCAUGUGAUUAUAAAGGUUGUAUUAUUCUAGAAGAAGUGAGGUAGAAAAGCACAAGAGGAAGAACAGCAUUUCACAGGGGAGAUAUGUUCAGCAUGGUGCUGAAGGACAUGAGAACCCAAGGUAAAUACUGGCAGAGUAAUAAGGUACGAAAGGAGCAGUAGGUAAGUUAGAUAAGCAUAGGUGCAGUAAUCAGUAGAGAUUGUAGUGGGCAGCAUAAACUUUGAGGAGACUGAUAAGGACUUAGUCGCAGUAAUAAAGACGGGAAAUUAUACACUGAUCAGCCACAUCAUUAAAACCACCUGCCUAAUAUUGUGUAUGUUCCUCUCAUGCUGCAAAAACAGCUCUGAUGCAUCAAGGCAUGGACCUCUGAACAUGUCCUGUGGUAUCUGGCACCAAUUCAUUUUGGUCCGAAUCUAAAUUUGGAUGAAUUUUGGCAAUUUUACAUUUGGAUGCUUCCGAAUGUCCGAACUGCCGAAUUUUUGAAGUGCCGAACCGCCGAAGUCACGAAGUGCCGAAUUUCAGAAGUUCCGAACCAAAUUGCCAAAGUGCCGAAUUUCAGAAGUGCCGAAGUGCUUCGGAUUUCUGAAAAGUGGCAAAACAGGAGAGGGAGGUAAAAUUAAGGGAACAAUGACAGGAAUCUAACCCUAACCCCAACCUUCCUCUAACCCUACACUCUACCCUUAACCCUAGUAGGGUUAGGGUAAGGCUUAGGGUUAGAGGUAGCGUUAGGGGAGAGGUAGGGUUAGGAACUUGCCGAAGUCUCGAAUUCCGAAGUGCUGAACUGAAGUGCAUAAUUUCGGAAGUGCCGAACGGAACCAAAUUUAUUGCCCAUGCACAUCCUUACCUUUAAGUCCUGCAAGUUGUGAUGUGGGUCCUCAAUGGAUUUGAUUUGUUGUUCCAGCACAUCCCACAGAUGCUCAAUCAGAUUGAGAUCUGAGGAAUUUCGAGGCCAAGGAAACACUUUGAACUCUUAGUCAUGUUUCUCAAACCAUUCCUGAACAAUGUUUGGAGUGUGGCAUGGUGCAUUAUCCUGCUGAAAUAGACCACUGUCAUCAGGGAACACCAUUGCCAUGAACGGGUGUACGCGGUCUACAACAAUCUCUAGGUAGGUGGUGUGUCAAAGUGACAUUCACAUGAAUGCCAGGACCCAAAAUUUCCCAGCAGAACAUUGCCCAGAACAUAACACUGCCUGCGCCUGCUUGCCUUCUUCUGCACAUGCAGACAACCAACCAAUUGAUCUAAAAAAAAUGUGAAUCAUCUGACCAGCCACCCUUCAUCCAUUGCUCUAUGGUCCAGUUCUAAUGCUCACGUCUCCCUUGAAGGCGCUUUUGGCAGUGGACAGGGGUCAUCAUGGGCACUCUGACCGAUCUGUGGCUAUGCAGCUUCAUAGACAGUAAACUGAGAUGCACUGUGUGUUCUGUCAGCUUUCUAUCAUGGCCAGCAUUAUGUUUUUUUAGUAAUUUCAGUUACAAAAACUCUUUUGUGUAAUCAGACCAGACAAGCUAGCCUUCGCUCCGCACAUUGCAUCAAUGAACCUAGUUCACUGGUUGUCCUUCCUUGCACCACUUUAGAUAGGUUCUAACCACUGCAUCCCGGGAACACCCCACAAGACUUUUAGAGAUGCUCUGACUCACUUGUCUAGCCAUCACUAUUCAGCCCUUGUCAAGGUCACUCAGAUCUUUUCGCUUGCCCACUUUUCCUGCUUCCCACAAGUGAAAUUCAAGAACUGACUGUUCACUUGCUGUUUCUUAUUUCCCACCCCUUGAGAUGUACGAUUAGAAUCAGUAAUGUGUAAUGGAAGCCAAUGUUCCAAAAGGUUUUUAGAAGGAUAGUGGAGCCAAAAGUGUCAAAAGCAGAAGAGAAUUUGAGAAAUAUUAAUAUAGAAUUGGACACUUUGGAUUCAGCUUUCAGAGUUGGGCCAACUCAGAUCUUUGUGGAUAUGUACAUAUUGGUAUAUUUUUUUAAUUCAUGUUUUAUGAUAAAUGUCAGAUAUUACAAUAAUUGAACAAACAGCAAAGUAAAAUUCACAAAGAUAUCACAAAAGGCAUGCCAGUGACAAGAAAAAGGUGAUUAAAGGACCACUAUAGUGCCAGAAAAACAUACUCUUUUUCCUGGCACUAUAGUGCCCUGAGGGUGCCCCCAUCCUCAGGGUCCCCCUCCCGCCGGGCUGGAUGGCGAGGAAAGGGGUUAAACUCACCUUUAUUCCAGCGCCGGGCGGGGAGCUCUCCUCGCCGCCUCCGAUCCUCCUCUUCGGCUGAAUGCGCAUGCGCGGCAGGAGCUGCGCGCGCAUUCAGCCCGGUCUCCUAGGAAAGCAUUUACAAUGCUUUCCUAUGGACGCUUGCGUGUUCUCACUGUGAUUUUCACAGUGAGAAGCACGCAAGUGCCUCUAGCGGCUGUCAAUGAGACAGCCACUAGAGGAUUUGGAGGCUGGAUUAACCCAUUUAUAAACAUAGCAGUUUCUCUGAAACUGCUAUGUUUAUAAAAAAAAAGGGGUUAAUCCUAGAGGGACCUGGCACCCAGACCACUUCAUUAAGCUGAAGUGGUCUGGGUGCCUAGAGUGGUCCUUUAAGAUGACCCAAGCCUUGUGAUAUGAGGAAAGUAAGGUGGUUGGAAGAGUGUGUAAAAUUCAAGAAGGAAUGUUGGGAUAGGUUUGCAUUCACACCAGUAUCUUAACAGACAAUAACAAUAUAAAACAUCAGCAGCUAAUGGUGGUAUAUACCACUUUAUCGUUAAAAGAUCACAAAAUGUGUUGACAGUUCUGUUAUGUAUUACAUUUGAAAAGCAUUUUUUCUAGUGUCUGGACUUUAACUGAGUAGUAGUACACAGCUGGAUAAUGAGCAUGAACUACUAAUCUAGAAAGAACAUGCAGAAGUGCUUUUCUAAGCAUUAAAUAUUAAUACACUGGUAUGCAGUAUAUAUUCACCCAUCACUCAUUUUAGCUUAUUGAGCUCUCCCUUUAAGAAGAUCAUUUAUUGCAUGAAACUGCACUGGAGACAGAAAAAAAAUAAACAGUAGUAAACAUGAUAUGGCUAUAGCUGUUCAUAUGGCAACAUCUUCCUAAGAAUAAUGCCAAAUACAAUAUUGAUAAACCCCCUCAUUAUAAUAUUGCUGUAUUUGUUUGGUUUCUUUUCUGGGUUUUUUAAGGGGGUAUAUACAUAAAUAAAAAUAGGUAUCACAGAGUUAUAGGUUGUAAUUGUAAAACUUUUAUCUUCUUGAGGUUGACAAAAAAGAGCAACAUUAAAUUAAGAGUGUACUUGAAAACUAGUUUAAAAAAAAAGCUAAAUUCACCUUUCAUGGUUAUUAGUGAUGUUAAGUAGAAUAACAUUAAUGUUCCAUUAUUGCUGAUAACAUGCCGAGAUCCUUAAUAAAAGACAAAUGUCAAGUUACAUACUUUUGUUCAACUAAACUUGUAAAAUUACAUUUUUUAUUACAUAUUUAAAAGAAAAUAUGUUGUCACAUCGUACUUUCUCUGCCUGUAGGAAUUGCGACCUUUUUAAAACAUUUGGUUGGAUUUCAGAUGAUUUAUUUCAGGCCUGUCCAACCUGCGGCCCCCUAGAUGUUGCUGAAUUACAACUCCCAUGAUCCCUGGCUAUCUGUUUCAUUGAAAGAAUCAUGGGAGUUGUAGUGGGGGGCUGCAGUUUGGACAGGCCUGAUCUAGUUGAAAUUUAGCCUAAGUGAGGAAUUUUUGGUGUUUAUCUAGGCCAGACCUGCACAACAUGUGGCCAGCUAGAAGAUUUCAGGUGGCUCGCGAGGAACUACCGCCAGUGCAGUGCUGUAUUGGAGCCUGCACACUUAGGGUGGCCCAUGCACUUAGGGUCACCCGGAGGGCAUGUGUCAGGAGGGGCCAAGUCUAGCUCUGUGGCGCUUUAACAACACAACCGGGCCCCUUGCUUAUCAGCAGGCGGCUGGGAAGAAGUGAGUUCUGUGAUUCACCUCCUCCCAUAGACCAGAGCCGUAUGUGAGUGGGGAGGUGGCUGUGAGGAGAGGGCCAGGCUGGGAGAGACUGGAGCCGCAUGAAAGGAGCAGAGAGGAGAAGGCAGGAGAGGAUGGGGUGCAGGCUGCAGACUGGACACAAGGUAAGCCACCCUCCACACAAGAGGGAGUGGGGUAAAGUGACACAAAAGGUAAGGAUAUUAUUAGGGAAGUAGAUUGGUAGAAUAGUAUUCACUGAAGACUUGGUGUGUUUUUCUUUUUUUAAAUGACAGUUGCAGGAGAGCAUUAAGGUCUGUCAGUGUGUAUCUGUAUGCCUGUCAGUGUGUGUGUGUGUCUGUAUGUCUGUCAUUGUGUGUGUGUCUGUCAAUGUGUAUGUAUCUGUAUGUCAGUGUGUAUCUGUACGUCUGUCAGUGUGUGUGUGUGUGUGUCUGUUAAUGUGUGUGUCCAUGUAUGUUGAGGGUUGUGCGCCAUUCUAUGACAUAUAACAAAAAAGAUAUUACCACAAUAUGAACGGUAAAUAUCACGAUACAAACAAUAAGAGUACGGUAUAUGGCAUGACAAAAUUACAAGAAACAUUAACAGGCUAGGCAGCCAUUGCUAAUCAUCGACGAUACUUAGGUUAAACAGAGUCAGGCUAGGGAGAGAAGUCCAGUUAUAAAAGUAGCCCGUAGAUUGGCCAGUGAGACAUAUUCGGUACAGCCGAGUAUUAAUACCAGACGGUAUUCUAUGCUAUCAUGCUUAUCAGGUCACUGAAACCCCCGCAUUGUCGUGACCAAGGCCCCAAACAAGCUGUGAAAUGUAAUAAUAAAAGAAAAUAAGAAGGAGCACAGCAACAUGUCCUCUAUAUCAGGACAUCCGGUGUCUGUGAAAUCCCCAUAUGAAAGCAUUGAUUUAAUGCUUUCCUAUAGUGAGGCCGUAAUGUACUCACCCUGCAUGUGCAUUGGGUCCCCCUGGCAGAUGACGUUGGAGGAGGUGGAGAGCAGAGGGAUAUUGGGUGAGUAUAUAUAUAUGCCUGGAGGAGGGGGGAACCGGAGGGCACUUUAGUGUUAGGAAUACAGAUUUGAACACUAUACAAAUUGUACUGUAAACUAUAGAUUAAUUUUAAGUUCACUUUGAAUUCUCACUUUAGUAAAAACCCCUGUAAAUCUCCCCCCCCAUUAUCCAAGUUGAGACCAAGAAUUUUAAAAUCUUCAUAAGUGUCUUAGUUAUGUCAUUGCACAGGGCACUGUCUUUUUAUUGUACAUGUUAACACCAAUCUGUUGUGCUCCCCCUCCAUUCAUUCAUCUAUUCAUGCAGGGGGGAGCUGCCAUUUUGUUCGCAAACGGUCAGCUGACCUGACUGCGCGAGACGGCAGCCGCGGCCGUUUUGUUUUGCAUGAAUGGCACGAGCCGGCGCUUUUUUGAAAGUGCCCGCCCGCGUGACGUAGCCAUGGCUGCAAAGGGAGAGGGGGCGUGGCCCGUGACGUCGUCAGUCGGCUCGGGUUUCGCCGUGUUCCCGCCCACUCAGCUCUUAGUCCGAGUACAUGGCGACUGCGGCAAGGAGCAGGCUGGCACACACAGGGCAGGCGGAGAGCGAGCUCCCUCACAUCCUCAACAGAAUCAGAUCCCCGCUCCAUAUGAAGCUGCCGAGACCUGUGAGUACCCGCUCAGUGAGUGUGAGUGGCGGCUGUGAGCCGGCCGCUCAUUGUGUGACUGACUGACAGCCGCUACUUAACAAAGGGAUCGGGGCUGGGGCUCUGCCGGUGUGAGCGCCGAGGCCGGUCUCCUGUCAGGCUGGCCGGUGCUGGCCCCGGGGGGCCGGUGUGUAGCUCGCUGUGUGUGGCUGUGUGUGGGGGCUUCCUUUGUCACCGUGUAUACCGCCCUCCCUGCCCUAUAAUGGGGCUCAUUGUGUCCCCGAUACUCCCCCUGCUUUUAUUAAUCCGCUCCGCAGAGCCCGCUCUCCAAACACACAGCCGCCGUGUUUUAACGGUACGCGCGGCCGCCGCCACUCUGGCACAGGGGACGAUUGUGAGGAGGUGAGAGAACACCGGGUUGACGUAGAAUGCGUAACUGCCCAUUCACUGCUAUAUAGUGUCUGCGUAGUGGCGUUUGGUGAAUACGGAGCGCCGUAGAACGCUGCGGUGAGAGACGUGGGGCCGCCGGCUGUAUGUGUGUAGAAGCCGGGAAUGGGCGGGGUUUAGGCUGUUGUAACCAAUUGUUGCUCAGCGUUCUGACACCCCUUUCUAUGAUUAGAAUGUGGUGACGCAAUGCAGACUGGGCUCAUUUCCAUAUGUGUAGUGUGGAGAGUGGAGUGACUCGGUCUCCAUUAUUGUGUAAGGUGGGCCAAUGCAAGGCUUCACAAAAAGGUACACCCCCAGCUGUGGGAAACUACACCCCCUUCCCCCCACAUGACGUGCCUGCAGAAAUGGUGGAGAAGCACAAUGGGAGUCGUAGUUCUGCAACAGCUGGGGGUCUACCAUUGGCCACUCUUGGUGUAAUGCUAGAUUCCCAGCUGUUGUAAUGAAUCUACCUAGACCAGGGGUAAGGCAACCUUUAGCAGUCCUGAUGUUGUGGACUGCAGCUCCCAUAAGGCUCUUACAGCCACAAUGCAGGCAAAGCGUCAUGUGAGGUGUAGUCCAAAACAUCUGGAGUGUUGAAGGAUGCCUAUCCCUGAUCUAGAUGCCUUGCUAGCCUCUGCCAAGGAUUGUGGUUCUUCAACAGAUGUGGGUCAACCCUUUGGCCACCUAGUUCCCAAAACCGUCUUUUUACAUGGUUUAUAUUUCUUGGGCAGACUAGAUGGGCCAAAUGGUUCUUAUUUGCCCACAUUCUAUGUUACGUGUCACUUCCAUAGCUGACAGUGUACAGCCCUUUAAUCUGCUUUACAUGGAAUACUGUAUGUCUCUGUUCUGGGAAUGGGAUCCCUUUGUGUAGUUUAAUUGAUCAAUGAGCAGUUUCAGGCAGUGAGCAAUACCUCCCAGAGUGGGAGGGUAGGGAGAAACCCAGAGAAGUGUGUUCCUGCUUGUGACUCACAUUGCCCAAAUAUGCAACGUGGCUGCAGUCUGAAGUCAAAGAGAUUUACAUACAGCAUGAUGGCUCCCCUUGGCCAAUUCAUCUAUUGUGAUAUACUGAGCAAUACCUUCAACUACAGCAAUGCCACAGUGCUUAGCUGCAAUUGCAAUUUAGCAUGGCUGUAGGCUUCAUGUGCAUAAUGGAAGUUCUCAGGCAUCUGCAUUGUCACUUUUCAUCUUACACUCCCAUGAUAGAUGAAUAUGUAAAUUAUUUCCUAACCAAACACUUUCUAAUUGUUGCAGGCAUAGGGAUGAUUAACAUUAUUCUUUGUAUGGGUGUGAUGACAAAAAAGUAAUCUAUGUUUGGAAAUCCCAACUGAUUAGUAGCUACAAGGCCAGACAUCAUUGAUGUUGUCAAAGCUGUCAUGGUAGCUAUAUUUUUGUGUUUGACCUGGGUUAGUUGUGAAAUAAUUUCACCAAAUGGUAAGGAAUAUUCUAUCCUGGUAUUUUCUCUGUGUGAAUAUGGGGGUAAGCUUCAAAUUUGUGCACUGUUAGUAUAGUGCCUGCAUUUCAUAUAGCAGACACCUAUUGUUAUAUUAUUGGUUGACAAAGUCCAAAACAUCUUUGUCAGAGUAACUAUUUCUGUUUUUAUUUUUUCUAAUUGCAAAUACCGGAGAUUCAAGGCUCUGUUUUGAACUUAGAAUGUCUUGGUGCAUACAAGUUUUUAAAGAAUGGUUUAUUCUUUUACAAUCUACCUGUAUGUAAUAUUUUUAUUCACAUAGAUCUGUGGAACCGUCUAAUCACAGUGAGAAAUGUUUGAUUGGACAUGCCUAUUAUGAUGGGUACAUUAUUUUCCUUUGACUUUUUUGUUUUAAGGCUCUAUGCAGCAAUUCAGUACUAUAGUUUAUUCAUAAUACCUUUGUUUACGAAGUCUCCCGUUGCUAGACUUGUAAGUUAUGCCAUUUGCAUCUUUCUACAAAGGAAACAUGACUGAAUUAAGGAUGUUUACAGUGUUUCCUGUAGCUACUUGUUUUAGACAUGCUAGAUUUACCUGUGUGCGAUUUGUUUUUGCUGUUGAACCCACCGAUGGAAAGUUGUGUGUGUGUGUGUGUGUGUGACCUUUCACAUUUAAGUUGGAUAAAUACACUAUACUUUAAAAUUAGUAUUUGUUGGUGUAAGCAAUGAAUGUGUAUCGAAUAUAAUCAUUUAUUGUUUACCACAUAUUUUUUACACUGGUAAAGGGCAUAGUUAACAAAUGAGAUAUAUUUCCAAAAUCACUUGGAAAUGCUUGGGUUUUUUGUUUUAUUUAUGGCAAGUGGUUGGAUUUGUCACUUGCGCUUUUUUGAAAGAGCAUCAUGAGUACCAUUGGUAUGGCAAGGUGCCACACGUGUUCAGUACAAAGCCUAAUCAUAAUUAGGAGAGUAUGCACGCACUCAUUUGGUCUGUUAAAGCCAUGAUGUCAGUGCUAAGUCAUACUGUGUGUUUUCUAGAAGUACUGCUAUUGGGUGGUUUUUUUUAUUUUAUUUAUUUAUUUAUUUAUUUAUUUUUUUCAUCCCUAAACAAUGGUUUUUACAAUGCAAUACAGUACACGUCAUUGCAAGCUUAUUUUGUAACUACCAGACACGUUUUACGGUUAACGCUUACUUAAGAUAACAGUGGAAGUUGUAUACAGAGGAAGAUAGCUCCACCUGCUGAAAAAACACAGGCAAGUUCAAAACCUAGCUAUAGGAAAUGGACACUGGAUGCUUUAUUUUUGGUGAAUGCCUGAUAUGUAAUGUAGGAAAAUAAUAUUUUUACAUAUUUUGUACUGGGAUUGUAAGCUGUAAUGGGACAUUUUAGAUGGUUUAACCAACUAUUUACUUCUAAUUUCUCUUUUCUUUAGGUUUUUUGAGUGUAAGAUGGAUGGCAGCUUUGAUUGUGAUUGUGGUGAGCUGGAGCCACCUGAUCAUUAACAGAAGGUUGCACCUUUAAAUCAAGUUCUGCCACGGUUUCCUCUUAAACUGCACUGUAUUCAAACAACACAUUUAAAAUAAUUUAUAGUGCUUACCAGCACCAUAGAAUGACGCUGCUCAGGACCAGUUCAACACUGAAUGUAUCUGCACUGUGAGGAGGAUGUUAAUAAAAGCCUAUUUUGCGCAUAUUUAUUCACAUUUUUGUUAAAUGUUAAUUUUUUUUGCACACUAGAGUUAAGUGCAUAGUAUGUCAUUUCAUUCCGUUCAAGUUUCCUUGAGUGUUUUUGUUGAUGUCUGCUAGAAUGCUGCAUCCUGUGUGAACUAUGAAUACUUCAAUUUUCUUACCCUCCAAAUUGCUUUGCAUUGGGGUUGUUGUUUGUGGGAUACACCAGGCCUGGCUGGCUGAUGAUAUGCAAUGAAAAUAGGAAGAAUCAAUCCAAAAGAAGAAUUUAGUUUUUUUUUUUUUUGUUUUGUCUAUUUUUAUAUUUAAAUAUUUUUUUUUUUUUCUCCCACAAUUUUUUUUGGAUUGUUUCUCUUUAUGAAAUCUUUUCUUGAAAUACCAGCACUGGUUUUUUUCUCAAACGUUUAGUCAGAACUAAAAGUUUGAGAAGAAGGAAGUGAAGUCACCAAAAUGGCAGAAAAAUUUGAAAGCCUCAUGAACAUUCAUGGUUUCGACUUGGGCUCUCGCUAUAUGGACUUAAAACCCCUUGGCUAUGGUGGGAAUGGCUUAGUUUUUUCUGCUGUUGAUAAUGACUGUGAUAAGCGGGUGGCUGUCAAAAAAAUAGUUCUGACAGAUCCUCAGAGCGUCAAGCAUGCUUUGCGUGAAAUUAAAAUUAUCCGGAGACUUGACCAUGAAAACAUCGUGAAAGUUUUUGAAAUUCUUGGUCCCAAUGGAUGUUGCCUAUCUGAUGAUGUGGGCUCCCUAACUGAGCUGAACUGUGUUUACAUCGUUCAAGAGUACAUGGAGACUGAUCUGUCCAAGCUACUAGAGCAAGGCCCAUUGCGAGAAGAACAUGCCAGGCUUUUCAUGUAUCAGCUGUUGCGUGGACUUAAAUAUAUCCACUCGGCCAAUGUGCUGCACAGAGAUCUCAAGCCAGCAAACCUUUUCAUUAACACCGAAGAUUUGGUGGUGAGGAUUGGAGAUUUUGGCCUAGCACGUAUUAUGGAUCCACAUUAUUCCCAUAAGGUUAGUAAUGAAAUGUUACACCAAACACAAUUGCAUCUAAAUGCAUGCCAGGUCUGCUCAGUGCAUUGAAGAAUUUUGUGGCAAACAGAAGCAGUAAAAUUAUGUAUCUGUACUUUAUUGUUCAACGUUGCCUUAUCUUAAUACCCAGUGGCUUUAAAAUGUUUUCUGUGUAGAUAUUCAUUUUCUCAAACUUGCUACAGUUUUCUCUUAAAGGAUAAUUUAAAGCACCACAACAACUUUAGCUAAUAGAAGGGGUAUUUAUGUGUAAUUGUGCCAAUUCUGUUUAGUUUUCUGCCAUUUAGGUCUGGCAUGCUUAUGCAGCCCUAGCCACACCUGCCCUUGCUGAAAUUCACACAGCCUCCCUGCACACUUCCUGAAACGUCUUUUGUUUAUUUGUUUAUCUUAGCUUCCAUUGUUUGAUUUACAAUGUCCUGUCUCCUGUUCUGUUAACAGCAUGCAACAACAUUUUUGCUUGUGAUUACACUUCAAUUAACAGAGCAGGAAAUAAAAACUCUUAAAGUAAACAUCCUGUGCUGCAAAAUCAAAUUGAAAAUUAACAAUUUUUCAUGGAGGCUGUAUGAGUCAGAGCCAGAGGAUGUCUGGCUAGGAUAUCAUAAACCAUGUCACUUAAAGGAAUUCUCAACUGCCCAAAUAUAAAAAAUGUAGUAGGUAUAAAAAAACCAUGCAUGCAUUUACUUAGGCAUUUUUUUUUAUUGGGUAUCUCUAAAAACAGCUGCAGUAUCUGUUGUCUGCUGCCUUAGCAAGCCCUCCCAUUCUUGCCCAGACUUUCUGUGGCUAUCCAAUCAGACUACCUAAGGCAGCUCAGUUGAGAAGUCUUUGCAAGGCUCUCUUUGUUACAUUGCCUGCCUAUUGAGUUUAACUCCACUAAACUACCAGGACUGGUUGUUCAGUUGACAGCCAGGGGAGUGUAACAAGUUAAAUUUAUAAAAGUGCCAAUUUCUAUUGAAAUCAGCACAUUUUGUAAAAUAAAAAGAAAGAGGACACUUUUCUCACACACAGCAUUUCAGCACGAUAAAGUGCUCUAGUUGUUCAGUGUCCUAUUAACUCCUAAAUGGUAGAUAAAUUGAGCAGUAAGACUGGAGGGGCAUGAUCUUAACAAGAAAUUGCUUUAUUAAAGGGACACUAUAGUCACCUGAACAACUUCAGCUUAAUGAGGUUGUUCAGGUGAGAACUAUAGCUCCCUGCAGCCUUUCUCAUGUAAACUGUAUUUUCUGAGAAAAUACAGUGUUUAUAUUAAAAGAUAGGAACACCUCCAGUUGCAGUCACUCAGAGUGAACCAGAGGGACUUCUGAGUUGAUGGAGGCAUAAUAUGCCUCCAUCCACUCAGAUCUGCUGUGCACGAGCAUCCUGGGAUUCAGUAUCUCCUCCCACUGGAUGCAGACACUGAACUUUCCUCAUAGAGAUUCAUUGAUUCAAUGAAUCAAUGUUUGAAUCAUGCUGGCUCUGCCCCUGAUCUGCAUCCUUGUCAGUCUCAGCCAAUCAUAUGCGGAAGCACUGUGAUUGGAUCAGGCUACCACAUGUCAGCAGACUGCUUGAUUUUCCUGAGUCUAACAGCAUGCAGAUUUACAGCUUCUGGCUUGAAUACAGGAAGAUUUUUACUAUAUUUAUGGAGGCAUAAGGGGCCCAGGGGGGCUAGAUGGUCGUGUUAACACUAGGGUCAGGAAUACAUGUAGUUGCACUGGUGACUAUAGUGUCCCUUUAAGCUAAAGUUGUUUAGUGUCUAUUUUAUGUCUUCUUAGGCCAAACUGUAGCGUAAGACUUUAAUAUAGAACAGUGGAAACCUUUUCCCUGCCAGCUAUAGCCACCGGACCCCCAGCUGUGAUGUCACAGUAAGAUUUUUUUUGCAAAUUCGCUUUAUCCAUUUUUCUGGUUUGUGCAUCUGAUGAUUGCAUGAAUAAACAGCUGUGUAGAUGAGUUUUUAGCAGAGCCACUUUUCAAGUAAAUGCUAUAAAGAAACUAGGAGUGAAAAUCUAUUUUAUGUAUUUAUAAAUACGGGAGGCUUGUUAAGAAUACUCUCUACUUGAAUAGAAAGUAAGCUAUUAGGUUGUGCACGACUCCUUUUCAGUUCCGUGUUUUGUGCCAGUUACCUCACUGACUGACCUAUGCACUUAUAGUGAUUUUGAUGCAUUUGUUUAAGAUUAUUAAUCUAAUUUGAGUGCAGUCAUUACUGUUACUAACUGCAACAAGGCAGUUUUUAAGGCUGUCCCAAGGUCUAAAAAGAAAGAAACAUUCAUUAUUUUUAUUAUAUAGUGGCACUGUGAUUUUAUAUAUUUUUGUUCUUUAUGCACUAUAUAACCAACAAUAUUCUAGAACAGGGGUAGGCAACCUACGGCACUCGAGGUGUCUUUGCACGGCACUCAAGGCUGCUAGAGCCAAACAGGCUCUGGCCUAUCAGGAGUCCCAGUAAAACUUCAAAUAUCUGCUAAUAUGAAAAGACGGUGAAGGACAAUCCUCAAUUUAAGCAUUGCAGCACAUAGAGGAAAUGAUCUCAGAUCACUUCCUCCAAGCACUUGUGAAUGGGAAUCCACACCGUAGUAGAGCAGCCUCUGUCUUUGACCUGUACCGGGCCAGCCUGGUCCCCACUGGAACCCAGGGAAGCCAACCAUACUGCUAGAUAUACACAGAUAUUGUGGUUUAAACUAAGUGUUUAUCUGAGCCUUUCCAAAUUGUUAAAAUAAACGCAUGCACGCUCUGAAGUAAAUCACACUGAGACACAGGUAUCCGGUUAAUGAAAAACUUUGGAAUGUUUACUCAGGGGGUGGCAAGCCCAUUAUAAAGGCAAAAAUACAUCAUAUGCAAAAAUGUAGACAACAGAGAGAAUACAUCCUUAAUUGGUUAAGUGUCUUAUCUAAUGCACAUCCUACAAGGCGUGAUGUCACUAUCAUCCCGGGAUUUUACUCCGGAUGUAGCCUCAAUUUAAAAAAAAUAGGACCGGCACGCUACGGGACAUCACAAUCCUAUAUCGGCACAAUGCUACUAAAAGGUUGCCUACCCCUGUUCUAGAAGAUGCUUCUAUUUUGGCCUGGAUUUCCUUUUAAAGUUGUCAGAAUUAAGUUCUAAAUAACUAGGACUUCUGGGAUUUAUUGAGUUGUUUGCACAUCCUGUUGUAAUUGUUAAUUACUGCACCAUCUCAAUGGGGAUUUCUAUUGCUGCAUCAGUUAUCCAAGAACACACUGCCACACUUUUUUUUAUUUUUUAUUAAAUGAACACAUUAUUUAGGUGUGUUAAAUAUAGUCUUCUUAUCUGAAAUAAUUUUAAAAUACUUUCGCGUGCUGAAUCCAUCUCUUUAGUAUCUCUCCUCAUGAGCUUGUCUGCUUCUGAUAUUCGAACAUGCAGUCUUAGGGCUGAGGGAAUCCCUCUAAGGCUGCAUAUGUUGCAAAGACAUUCCCUCAAUACUGUACUAAAUUCAGUCCAGUGUACUUAGAGGAUUUCUUACUGAGACAAUAGUAUGCUGGUUGUCAUGGCAACUCUCCUAGAUGAUGCUGUCUAGAGUCCAUUACAUUGAUAUAGGAGACUAAAUCGAGUUCUAGUGUAACUUUACAUCAUGGGAAUGCCGCCAAACAGUCAAGCUUUUACUUGUAUUGUGCUUGCCUCAUACGUUGAAAUAAUUAGGGUGCUUACAGGAAGCUACAUGACAUUUCUAGUAAUCAUGAAGUCAAAUAUACCUACUUUUUUGUUAUAGCAGUAUCCUGUUAUACAAUUUAAGUGCAAUAACAUUAUCUAUAUUGCUUUUGAUCAUUACUAUGAAUAGUACAGUAAUAUCUGACAAUGCUUUUAUAGUUUAUAAAUGCAUAAAUUCAUAGAAACUGCAUAUUACAAAUAAUGGGAAAAGAGAUUCAUUUUGCUAUGCUAACAAUAUUUUGCAAUUCAUGUGGUCACUUUAAGUGUUUGUUUUAAUGCUAUAAAAAAGCCAUUUUACAUUCAUUAAUAUACAUAUUGUUUCUCUAGGGACAUCUCUCUGAAGGACUUGUUACAAAAUGGUACAGAUCUCCUCGUCUUUUACUUUCUCCCAAUAAUUACACUAAAGCAAUUGACAUGUGGGCUGCUGGAUGCAUAUUUGCUGAAAUGUUAACUGGGAAAACACUUUUUGCAGGUAUGUAAAGACACAAUUAGUAAUCGGAAAACACAAAAAUGGAUAGGCGCUAAGAAAACAACGGACUAGACUCAGGCAGAAGUAUGGUGGCAGAAUUACUUUACUUUUGGUGCCAAAAAGACACCCUUUGACCUCUUGGUCACAUGUUAUGUACAAUAUUUGAUUAUGAAAAAAAUCAAAUAUUGUACAUAAAGAAUGGUUUUUCAUAAUCAAAUAUUGUACAUAACGUGACCUGAAGAGAUCAAAGGAUGUCUUUUUGGUGCUAAAAUAGCCAUUUUAACUUGCCUUCAUAGCUGCUCCUUGGUUUGCUUGCGUGCGUGCGUGCGUGCGCGCGCACACACACACAUCUUUGCCAAAAAUGACCCCUCAAGUGACAGGGCAGCUUUAAGUCCAUGAAUUACUUUUGUUUUUAGUAAGUUAAAUAAAAUGGAGGCAAAUUAAAUACCUUUAAAUUUUUUUUUUUUUUUUUUUUUUUAUACCUUACAGAUCCUCCUUUUGUUGUAUAUUCUGGUAAACUAUUUUUUCAAUUUGCUGUAGCAGAUUAAGCACAUGUGACGUAAACACAUAUCUAAAUUGCAUUUAUUCCCAGAGAAAACAUGAAGACUGUUUGCUGUUAACAAUCAACAAAACAUUUAAACAAUUUGAAUAUUUUUUUUUUUUUUUUUUAUAUAUAUAUUAUGCAAACCAAGUAUACUCUUAAACUCUCAUGUGUUUUAAUACAAACUUCCAAAGGAGAAUGUGCGUUCAUUGGUGAUUGUGAAUACUUUGAAAUAGCCAACUAUCCUUGUUACAUCUGUUGUGUUUUUUUUAUUUUAUUUAACUAUUUAAGGGGCUCAUGAGCUUGAACAGAUGCAGCUGAUUCUCGAAUCCAUACCAGUUGUACAUGAAGAAGACCGACAGGAGCUCCUCAAUGUAAUCCCAGUUUACAUCAAAAAAGAUAUGACCGAGCCACAUAAGCCUCUAACACAAUUACUUCCAGGCAUCAGUGCUGAAGGUAAAUGUUUAACUCAGAAGAAAACCAAGCCACAAACGUGUUCAUUUAUUCAAUCUGCUGUUACAAUUUUUUAAAUUUUUUUUUGCAAACUGUAAGCUGAUGUUUGUUUCUGCAUUUCAUUUUCUUUAAUUAGCACUGGAUUUCCUUGAACAAAUUUUGACCUUCAGUCCUAUGGAUAGACUAACAGCAGAAGAAGCUUUGUCUCACCCAUACAUGAGCAUGUAUUCCUUCCCAACCGAUGAGCCUAUUUCCAGCCAUCCAUUUCACAUUGAAGACGAAGUGGAUGAUAUCUUGUUAAUGGAUGACAGUCACAGUCACAGCCACAUAUAUACCUGGGAAAGGUAAUGCACACAUUUCUACCAUAUCUAAGGUCUGCAGCAAUUGUGACUAGUCAAAUGUUAUAUAUCGAACUGGUGCUACUAUAUAGCAUUACAUUGUUUUUGAAAACAUAACGUUUGUGAGUACUUCACUGCUCCUGCACCACUUGGAGCAGCUAUGUUGAAAUUCUGCUAAAAUCCUGUGAUCCGUGAAAUUCUGUGUGUGAAGGAAGCUAAUAUGAACCCUAUUGUGAUGACUGCAUAUCUUAGCCAGAUCUCAACGCCAUUGAAGAAAAAUAAGAUUUCCCCACAAAAUCCACACUGUGGAAUAUAUUUACUAAACUGUGGGUUGUAGUUAAUUUACAAGGGAAUUGCCUAAUUGCGCAUUGGGAGGUAUCUUAUUUAUUGGUUAAAUAAUUUGCUGUAUAAGAAGCGUGUCGCAUUCUCCCGUUUGCUUUUUGUUGACUUCUGUAAUUAGUUAUGAGAUUUAAAGUUCUGUAAUGUCUUACAGAUUCCAUGAAUGCCAGUUUUCAGACCACGAUUGGCCUAUACAUAAUAAUUUUGAAGCUGAAGAGGUUCAGCGCGACCCAAGGGCUCUCUCUGAUGGCAGUGAUGAAGAAGAGGUUCAAGUAGAUCCUCGCAAAUACUUAGAUGGCGACCGUGAAAAAUACCUGGAAGAUCCUGCAUUUGAUCCAUACUUUUCUCCUGAGCCUUGCUGGCAAUACCCAGACUAUCAUGAAAACAAAUAUUGUGAUCUGGAAUGUAGCCACACUUGUAAUUAUAAAUCAAGGGCAUCAUCUUAUCUAGAUAACUUAGUUUGGCGAGAGAGUGAAGUUAACCAUUAUUAUGAGCCAAAACUUAUUAUAGAUCUUUCUAACUGGAAGGAGCAAAGUAAGGAGAAGGCAGAUAAAAAGGGCAAAUCUAAAUGUGAAAGAAAUGGGUUAGUGAAGGCUCAGUUAGCACUUGCAGAUGCUUCACAGCAGAAGGUAGAGAAGGAAAGGGAAAGACAGCCCCAGUUUGAUUUUGAUUCCUUUAUAGCUGGUACAAUUGAGCUCAGCUUGCAACACGAUUCUCCUAGUGUUGACAAACUGAAUGAUUUGAAUAGCUCCAUGACACAACUUGAAUUAAAAACCAUGCUGUCGAAGUCUGUAAGUCGGGAAAAGCAGGAAAAAGGAAUGGCCAACCUAGCACAAUUAGGUGCCUUAACCCAAACUUCUUGGGACAGUCAACUUGUAAAUGGUGAAGACUGCUUUCUGAUAGACCAGUUUUGUUGUGAAGUUAGGAAAGAUGAUCAUGUUGAAAAAGAAAAGCCUUAUACAAGUUACCUUGAUGAUUUUUUCAGCAAGAAAAUGGAGGCAGAAGUGUUAGAAACUGAGCCAGUAGAGGAUCCAAAGCUGGGGAGUAAAGAAAAUGAAGAAGGCAUACUGAGCUUUAGUGGGGAUAUCCUUCUUAAUAAGCAGCUUGAUUGCAUAGGUAUUCCUCAAUUUCAUAACCCUGUUGGCUCACCCCUUAAAUCAAUACAAGCUACAUUUGUACCUUUGGCCCUAAAAUCGUCCCCUCAAAUUCCUCACAAAACCUAUAGCAGCAUUCUGAAACAUCUAAACUAAACACUUUUUUUUUUUUUUUGUCUACCCUCCAUGUCUUAUUUUAUUUUCUUCUUCUUUUUUUACUUGAAUUGUAAUUUUAGUAUGUAUUUAGUUUAGUUUUUUUUAUGAGAAAUACUUUCUACACAUUAAUUUUAAACUGGCAUGGCAUUUGCACACAAGAAAAAAAACAACAAAUGCAAAAUGUGGGCAGAGACAGGAUAAAUGCACUAAACGAAGAUUAAGAAAAUCAAUUUAAUAUGUUUUCCAAACUUUAUUGAUCUUGCCUUGGUAUUAACACAGUGAGACAUUACUUAAUUGCAUGUAACUGUCAGGGGUAGUUUUACAUUUUAUUUUGCUCGAAACUUAAAACAUUGUUUAAAUUUUUUUUUUAUAUCCAUUUCUUAAACACAUGGUACCAGCAGCAACUGAAGAAUGCAGAUUUUGGUAUGCAUGUGUUAUCUACCUCAAGGUAACAGCAGGAUGUGGCCACUUGUUUAGCCACUUGUAGUGCUAUUCAUCAUGCACCUCUUUUAAGCCAGCAUUAUUCUUCAUAGAUAUUCUUAAAUGAGAAUGUUGCAAAAAUAUUUAUAAAUGUUCUGGAUUGCAUCCUCUUUAGUGGAGUAUUUAAUAUGCAGUAUUUUUCUUUUUAUUUAUUAUCAUCUAGAAAUGGUCUAUUUAAAGUCAUCAAUUUUUUGUAAUACAUUUAGAGAACUGUUUAGAACUAUAGUUUAUGGUCUGCAUUGUCACGUGUUUAUCCUGCAUAUUAAUGGGCUUUUAGCCUGAUCUUCACUCCCUUUAUAUACCAAGCCCAAAAUAUUUUAAUUUCAAGGAAAGUUCUCACUGUGUAUAGGAAUUUGUAUUUUCAAAGUGCUUGACCUAUCUUCUAUGAAACAAAUAGGAACGGCUUUAAUAUAAAAAGUUAAACCGUUUAUUUUAUUUUUUUUGAAAUGCUAAAAAAGCGUGCAUGGAAAGUAAUUAUGGUACAUUUACUGUAAGUUUAAGGUUGUGUAUGUUAGACUUUUUAAUUUUCUUUUUCUUUGACUUUUACUGUAUGUUUUUACUGAAUUUUGUUUCACGCCUGCAUGAAAAUAUAGCAUGUAGUAUCUCAAUUCUCUGGAAAAAAAUGAAUUUUGCAUACUAUUUAUGUACUAUUGGUGCCCCUAUUUAAAAAGAAAUAAAAUUUAAGGCCAGCAAAGUA